CAGGCAGCCAGCAGGAGUUCAGUGUGACUGGGCGGUGUUUAAUUCGGCCAAGGAAGGAGCCAACGCUACCAUUCAAGCCAUAAUUUACGCUUGACAGUGCGGUGCCGACCACAACAGCAUGGGUACAGCACUGUGCAGGUGUAACUAUAUGCUGUGCCUGCUGUAGCAGUAAGGCUUACCAGUUAGCGGUGGUCCCGUCUGCUGUCCUGUGCGCUGUCUUCAGCGUGUAGAUGCCUUUGUUGAGAUGAGUGUGAAGGCGUUUGAGCUUGUCCCCGCUGUGGAGCGAGAUCUCCUCAUGGGCGACAAGGCUCGCAUCAACAUCGAGUGCAUUGAAUGUUGUGGGAAGCACUUGUACGUGGGUACCAAUGACUGCUUCAUCCACCACUUCCUGUUGGACGAAGUCACUUCCUCCAAAGGAAAACUGAGUUACUCGGCUCAAAAGCUGCUGCACAAAUACCUGGGCCUCAAGAAACCAGUUGCUGAGCUGCGGGCUGCUUCUGCCUUGGAGCGUCUGAUAGUGCUUUGUGAUGGAAUAGUGUUUCUCAUCGAUAUGGUGACAUUGGAGACUGUGCCUUCAGCGGCAGGGGGUGGAGCCAAGAUCAGAGGUGUGACGGCAUUUUGCAUUAAUGAGAACCCAGUAAAUGGUGAUCCCUUCUGUGUGGAAAUGUGUGUUCUCUCCUCCAAGCGGCGGACAGUGCAGAUUUACAUGGUAUAUGAGGACAGAGUCCAACUGGUCAAAGACGUGAGCACUCCUGAGCAGCCCUGUGCUGUAAGUCUUGAUGGGUACUUCUUGUGCUUGGCCCUUGCUACACAAUACAUGAUCCUGAACUACAACUCUGGAGCCUCCCAAGACCUCUUCCCUUACAACAGUGAAGAGAGGAGGCCCAUUUUAAAGAGGAUUGGCAGGGAGGAGUUCCUCUUAGCAGCACCUGGUGGUCUAGGAAUGUUUGCCAAUGCAGAGGGGGUAUCUCAGCGGGCUCCAGUCAACUGGUCAGAGGGCGUGAUUGGUGCCGCUGUAUGUUUUCCAUAUGUGGUGGCCUUGGAUGAGAACUUCAUCACUAUCCAUAGCAUGUUGGAUCAACAGCUGAAACAGACCCUGUCAUUCAGAGAUGGGCACAUUCUGCAAGACUUUGAAGGGAAGGUAAUACUGGCCUCCACUAAAGCAGUCUAUGUCCUGGUGCCCUUGCCACUGGAGAGACAGAUCCAAGACUUACUGGCCAGUCACAGAGUGGAGGAGGCGCUUACCCUCACAGAGGGAGCACAGAGGAAUAUUCCCAAAGACAAGUUUCAGGUUUUGCACAAAAGAAUCCUUCAGCAGGUGGGUUUCAUACAGUUCAGCCAACUUCAGUUUCAAGAAGCAAGAGAACACUUCAGGAAGGGUCAGCUGGAUGUGCGAGAGCUGAUCUCUCUCUACCCACUCCUGCUGCCAGCUUCCUCUUCAUUCACUCGCUGCCACCCUCCUCUCCAUGAGUUUGCAGAUCUCAACCACCUGGCUCAAGGUGACCAGGAGAAAGUGCUGCUGUACAAGAACUUCCUCAUCAGUUAUUUGGGAGAGGUGCGAAACACAGAGGUGGUGAACGUUUGCAGAGAGGAUGUGGACACAGCGUUGUUAAAACUGUAUGCUGAACAGGAUCACGAGAGCCUUCUAGACCUUCUAGCUUCAGACAACACCUGCCUGCUGACAGACAGCAUCCCGUGGCUAGAAAAAUAUCACAAAUAUUUUGCACUUGGGCUGCUCUAUCAUUAUAAUGGUCAAGACUCAGCAGCACUUCAGUUGUGGAUUCGUUUGGCAGAUGGGGAUCUGCAGGAUUCCACAAGAACUGACCUUUAUGAGUAUAUUGUGGACUUUCUCUCCUCCUGCUCCAAUCUGGACCUUGUAUGGACGUAUGCAGACUGGGCCUUGCUGAAAGACCCCACUAUAGGCAUGCAUAUCUUUACUAAGAGGCCUCUCAGUAAGGAUGUGUCGCAAUUAAACCCUGAUGAUGUCAUCACGUACCUUGGAAAACACAGCCAACCGCUGCUUCUUUACUUGGAAUACCUGGUGCUUGAGAGAAGGAUACAGAAAGAGAAGUUCCACACACACCUGGCUAUGUUGUACCUGGAGAGGGUCUUGUCACUGCAAUCACAGUCACCAACAGAUGAGGUGCAGCUGACCACAGCCAGAGAGAGGCUUCAAGCCCUUCUCAGGGAGUCCAACCUAUACCGUGUACAGUUACUUUUAGAUAAGAUGGAGAACUGUGAACAGCUGCUGCUAGAACGCGCAACACUACAUGGCAAACUGGAGGAGCCUGAGAGAGCUCUGCACAUAUUGGUACACCAGCUCAGAGACUUCCGCUCUGCUGAGGCCUUCUGCUUAUGGGCCUCGUCUUGUCGGGACUCUGCUUACCAACAGCGGCUCUUCCACCUGCUCUUGGGGGUGUAUCUUGAUGGGAGCCACCGUGGACAGUCCCAUGCAGCAGCAGCAGGGGGCAGUGGAGAGCUGGAGAUGGCAGCAGUGGACCUCCUGAACCGUCACGGCGAGGUUUUUGACGCCAUCCGUGUCCUACGGCUACUCCCUGAAAGCUGGUCACUGCAGCUGCUGCGGCCCUUCCUGGGUCGAGCAGUCAGGGCCAGUAUGCAUGCCUGCCGCACUUCCCAAAUUGCUCUGGGGUUAGCUCACUCUGAAAACCUGCAACUGCUACAUGAUCGGUUGAAAGAACGAAAGAAACAAAUCCUGGUGUCUGAAAAGAAGGGAUGCCAUCUGUGCCACAACACCUUCAGUGAGCCUGACGUGGUGUGUCUGCCCGGCGCAGUGCCUGUCCACACUCACUGUGUCGCCCACAGAGUAAGAGACUCGCCCACAAAGAGACUGUUAACUAAUAGCAGUAACCACACGUGAGACACCACCGUUUAAACUGUCACAUGACCUGCGAUGGUUGGAGGCACCAAAAUAAAGCAGGGGCUCGCUGAGAUUGGAUUGGCUGAGGACUGAGGGGGGUUUAAAAAAAAAAAGCACAGACUAACUUUGACAGAGAGGAUCACAAAGAAAGCUGUGAAUGUGUGAGGGAGAAACUGGUGAUUUCAGCUAUUUAUUCCUGUUCUGCAGUUAUGCUUCACUUUAUGCCACAACUUUUAUUGGUAAAAAAAGAAAAAACCUGCCUUUUUAAAAUAACUUAAAUGGAGAGUAAAUCAAAGCUCUUGUUUGCUUGUUCCUUUUGUGUGUGUGUGUGAUGUGUUCCCUUUCUUGUCUUCAUCUCGUUCAGUUUUCAACCUGAGGUUGAGAAACUUCUGGGACUUCAACUAACCAGAAUUAUUACUCUGUCAAGGAUUUUCGAGUAAUAGUUUGGUCCAGAAAAUGUUGAAAAAUGUUAACCAGUUUUUUUCUAACCUCAAAAUGAGGUUUUCAAAUGUCUUGAUUUGUACACAAACCAAAAUUAUUCAGUCUCAAUAAUUUCUUUGUUAUAUGUAGAUGAAAAUAAAACAAAGGACUUGUAUUAAUUAUUAAAUAAUAAACAAACAUUCAAACCAAUUAAAAUUAAUUGUAGAUCUAUUUAGUUAUCGAUCAGUAAUGGAUUCAUCAUCGCAGCUCUUCUUCAGAGCACACAAUAUUUAAAUUAUUUUGCAAAUAUCUUUGAACCAUGUGAAGUAUUACCACCUCAGGUCUGGGCUACUUAACUUUAAUUGAUUUUUAUUAGGGUAAGGGUUACUGUGAAAAACUUAUCAGUGCUGAUAAAUGAAGAGAGUUCAGAGGUGGUUUCAGUGCUGUCGUUUAUAAAACUCACGCAAAUUAAAUGACUGGUCAUGUCAGACAUUUUCUGUAAUUUUAUAGUAAUUGAGUGAAUAAAAUGAGAGGCAUCUUCACUGUCCAGCUGGUGUCUGCUACCCCUCUGUGGGCUGUGCAGGUACUGCAGGUGGUACAUUAAAAAUGAAUAGUCAUUUUCAGUUUUGUAAUUAGGAAAGAAGUAAUCAUUAACUAUUCUGAAUCAAUUAAAAAAGCUAACAUGAAGUCAUAUAUAUGUAUUAAAUGACUUGCAUUAUACAAAAUGUUGAUGGGCAAUAGUUUUCACGUGGGAAAAGGACAGCAUGUGUGUGUUGAUUGGAGUUGAGAUUAAAGGUGUUGGUCACAUGAGAUUUGUAGAACUUUCGAUUAGUGUUCUUUGGUUUAGGAAUGGCUGAUACAGAUAAAGAUGAAUCGCUUGCAGCUUCUGUCAGCACUGGACAAAUCUUAGCCCCAGUCAAAAUGGACCGGUGUAAACUAAAAUCCAAUUUUUAUUUAUCGUUAAUUGGCUUGAAACAGGUGAACAAAUCUUGUGAAAUCAGUACUUGCAAGAACAGGAGGUCAUUUUUCAAAUUGUUUACCACUUUCAUAAUAAUAUACUUAAUUUUGUUCAAGCUGUAAAAACAUAUGUGUCCACAAGAUGGCAGUAAUGUAUAAAACAUAUACGGUGAACAGCAGGUGCAGCAAGGGAAUGAAAUUAUGAUAUUCUUCACUAUUAUUCUACUGGAGUCACAGGAAGAAACAACUAUUAUCUUUUUGGGACAAAACUAUUCAUCCUGUUACCACACUGGUGUUUAAUAAGCUGUCUCUAGAGGUGUGCUAUUGAAAUACUUAAAAUGAUAAUUCAAUUAUAAACUGACAUCCAGUGACACGCUGUACAGAAUUGGUAUGUGUAUGAGAAUGCAUGGCUGACGCUUUCCUACAGAAAGUAAUGAAUGAGACAGUGAAAAGACGAAACCUUUAUCAUCCAUGACUUUGAUGGCCCGAGAACAUACGGCUUGAUACAUCUCUGCUUUCGUAACUGCAUCCCUCAGAGUGCUGAAGUUAUGGCUUUAACCUUUUAAUCCUGACACCUCUCAGAAAACGGAAGUCGGCCCUGUUCCAUCAUAAUGAAGCCCUAAAAUUCUUUACAGACUUGUCAUCACAAAGCACCACUUUGUCCUUUAGUGCUAUCCUAACGUUGUGUACGUGUCAGAUCGCUGUAAAGUGCAGCUUCGGUCCUCGUAAACGUUUCGCCUGCACAGGUGCAUAAUGUGUUCGUCUUGCAAAAUUGUCAGAGCAGUCAAAUUCAGGGACGUGUUUCCAAAAAAAAACAAUCCUGAUGGACGUGAUGCAUAGCUUAAAAAAUGGCUUAACCAUAUCAAACUGCUUCACUUUGAAAAACUGUCUCGUCCAAAGUGAUGGAAAGAAGCAUGAAGUUCAUCACAGAGGAGCGAAAGAAAACCCUUAACAUGGUUCAUUUAAAGCUGCUUCACUGUUAAAAUCAGUGUGAAUUCAUGUAUACGUUCCACAAAUGUAACACCUGUCUGUCUGUCUGUCCAAAGAUGCUCGGCCUGAUUUACACUAAAAUAAAGAAACAUUGUCACUUUUACUCCUCCACAACAAACCUGUACAUGCUGUACAACUACGGCUGCAACAAAUGAUUAUUUUCAUAAUCAAGUUUUGAUUUUUGUUUUUGUUAUAUGAAGCAAAGUAACUAGAAAAUAUUAACGUUUAAGAAGCUGAAAAAUCAUACGAUUUUCAAACAUUAUUUGUUUAUCAAAAUAGUUGUCGAUUUAUUUAGUAAUCAAUUAAUAAUUGGUUAAUUUGUGUGCAGCCUUACAUACAACAAACCCUUGACAAGAUGUUCAUCCAAAUUAGGGAUGCAACUGAUGAUAAUGUUCAUAAUCGAUUAAUCUGUCGAUUUGUUAUUUUCGAGUAGUGUCAGAAAAUGUUGAAAAUUAUGUUUUCUAGAGCUGAAACACGAUUAAUCGAUUAUUAAUAGAUUACUACUAUACAACUAUUUUUAAUCGGUUUUGAAGCUAAGAUUUCUUAUUGUUUCAGCUUCUUAAAUGUGAAUAUGUUCUAGUUUAUUUGCUCCAUAUAACAAUCAUAACUGAAUAAUUUUGAUUUGUGGACAAAACAAGACAUUAGAGAACAGCAUCAUUUCCUGGUUUGACAAAUACUGAUUUUUAACGUUUUCUGAUAUUUUAUGGACCAAACCAUUACUCAAUUUAAUCGAGAAAAUAAUUGACAGAUUAAUCAAUUCUGAAAAUAAUCGUGAGUUGCAGCCCUAAUGUUUUCAAAUGUCUUGUUUUGUCCACAAACCAAAAUGAUUCAGAUUUAAUGAUUUCUUUGUUACAUGGAGCAAAGAAAAUAUUCAUAUUUAAGAAGCUGAUGAAUCAGAAAUGAAAUUAGUUUUUCAAAAGAUCUGAAGAUUCCUCAAUCAAGCCUCCAAGGACAAACUUAUUUUUCAGAGAGAAAAAGUCUUUGGAGUGCUUCCAGAUGUUGCUCAGUUGAAUGUGUCUGUUACACCGACCAAAGCACAUCUUUGUUGUGGGUUAUGCUCAUUUCUCUGGUGCCUGUGCCGUCGAUGCUCGCGUUUUGUGGCUGUAAACCAUUUCUGCAGGGGACUGUGUGCAAACAUGGACAUCUGAAUAUUGUAGAUGCAGUCAAGUGUUUUGCUUUCCAUGACUGAAAUCCACAGCUUCUGCAGUGUUUUUCUGUCCUAACAACGUGUUAGUGUGCAUAACUAGAGUAAAAGUCCUCCUAAAAAUGACUAAUAUUAAUAAUUGUAAAGAAAAAAGUAAAAGAUAUAGUACAGUUCUGUGGGGAGAAAACAAAUGUAUUUUAUAAAUAUAUGUAUACUGGUGUGUAUAUACUGCAUUUGUACUUGGUUUGUUGCUUUCCUAAUGAAUGCCAAUGUGGAUGUGUACAAACAGUACCUCUGUCCACUUUUAAUAAACGGGAAACUAAACUGAACUAUAAA